AUGUCAAGGUCAAACCAAUACGAGAGCGAUGUGGACGACUUUGACGACUCGAUGUCCAUUUCUUCUGUGCCGUCAAGCGUCGCCACCACUGCGCACGACGGGGAGAGCGUGAGUACUCGUUCUAUGCGCUCUCCUUCUCCUACCGGCUCGGUGUGGUCAGUGACCAGCUCUAUCCGAGCUGCAGCGUACCGCGAAGAACAUGGUCGACACCUCAACAACUAUUCCGAUGUGUACCGUCUUCCAGCCGAUCAAGAAGAACUAGAACGCCUAGACAAACAACAUAUCAUGCUUACCGAGGUUAUGGGUGGCUAUCCUCCUCCCAUGGCUGAGGUGAUGGAGAAGGAGUACCCUGAAGACAUAAAGGCUUGUGUAGACUUGGGUUGUGGAAGCGGAAGUUGGAUCCUGGACGUCGCAAGAGAUUUUCCUCACUGCGAAUGUGUUGGCGUUGAUCUGGUCCCGAUGCAGGUGGAAUCUGAAUUCAGAAAUAUGCCCCCAAAUUGCCGGAGUGAGAUAGAUGACAUUAACCUUGGGCUGGAGCAUUUCUACCACCAUUUUGAUGUUGUUCAUGCCCGCCUUAUUUCGUCAGGGAUCAAAGAUUACAAGAAUAUAAUUGACGAGAUGAAUCGCGCUCUGAAACCUAAAGGGUUAUUGAUUCUCUCAGAAUUCGACUUCUUUGUUUACGGUGCCGAUUUCCAGAGAAUCGAGCUAUCCGUGACCGAGUUGGAGCCUCCCUGGUGGCCAAGAUGGAUGACAGUGGCGAGGGAAGCUGCUCAAACCUUCGGUGGGAGCGUUGACGCUGCUACACACUUGUACGAUUGGGUGGCCGGCCAUCCAGGAUUCGAAGAGGUUGUUUAUCGGGAUUUCUGGAUUCCGUGCUCUCCUUGGUGCAAAGAAAACCCGCUGCAAAUGAAGUACGGAGAAGUAAUGCGAGAGGAUAUACUGGCCUUUAUUAAGUCAGGUCGACCGCUGCUCCUCAGUCGAGGCCAUCCACAUGAUACCAUCGACUUUUUGUCGCAGAAAGCUUCCGAAGAGUUGAUGGAGGCAAAACAACCGGGGUACAUUCGAGUUCAGAACGUGUAUGCAAGGCGAAAAGUCAACUGGAAGCCUCCCCCAAAACCACGAUAA